AAUAUAAUAUAAAAGUCAAGAAAUAAAAACAAAUAUGUCAAGAAUAAUAUUGACAUUUUUGGUGUAUAAACAUAUCAGUUUCAUAUUGGAACAGUUAGUAUAUCCAUCAUUCUAUGUUAAUAGAUUGUGACAUAUAAUUAUAGUUGAUUGAGUAUUUUAAUAACUAUAAGUGCCUUGAUUAAAAUUGCAAGGAGCCACUAUCGCUAUUACGAUACAUCUUAUGCAUUCUACUGGCCAAGACAAGUGCAGUUUGUAAUAGCAACGGUGUAUACAAUGACCAAAAAUAUUCGAACGAUUUUAAUGCCAUUUCUAACGAUUAGUUGUGUGUUUGGUUUAAGAAUUGCUGAUUUAUCUGUAAAUCAUUUCAAGCUAUGGUUUAGUCUUUUAUAUAUAUUGUUAGUUUGGUUAAUUUACUAUUUCCUUUCAACAUGUUCACUAAUAUAUUCCGUCAAUAACUCUUAUCCAAUUGAAUACCACAUAUGCUAUUGGUUGGAGAUGCUUAUAAAUUUUUUAUCAAUUGUGUUUGGUGCAUACCAUAAUAAGAAAUUUCAGAACUGCUUAAAAAAGAUUGAUAUUGUUGACGAUACACUGUUAGAACUCGGAAUUGUGACAGAUUAUGAUAAGCUAUAUAAAAAAUCACUGUGGCUUGUCUCAGGAUGGUUCAUAAUAGUCUUAUCAAUAAAUAUUGUAACGGCAUUAUUUGUAAAAGUUGACAAGGACUGUAACAUCUUUACUGCUAUGUUUGCCGUCUUUGUACGAAAUUAUUCUUUUCAUAUUAAUGUUAUUGGUGACUUGACUACUACAACUAUUCUUGGGCAAGUGCAACAGGAGAUUUAAUAAAUCGAUUAUUGUAUUCCACUUGUGAUAUUGAAGUUCGUGAAACC